CCGGGGAAGAUGAUCAAGGUGCGAACUUUCGGCGGUUCGAAUUCUUGCAGAAGGUUUAGGAUCAGCUGUAAAGCUCAAGAUACCGACAACCAAAGCAAUGGUGAAGAACCCACAGAGUCAUUAUUUAUGAAGGAACUAAAGAAGAGAGGAAUGACUCCUACUUCAUUGCUUGAAGAUUAUAAGCAAGGUGACAAUGAAAUGGAUGAGGAGAUGAAUAUGAAUGGAGAAGAUAGAGGUUUUCCUAAAAGAAAUGCUGUCUCUACCAAUGUUGAGAGGAGCCUAGACAAUCAAAGGGAGCGAUCUAUGGCACUGAACAGCGAAGGUCUUGAGGGGCUGAUACCUCGGGCUAAACUUUUGUUGUCUCUUGGAGGGACAUUUUUCCUGGCAUUUUGGCCACUGAUUCUCAUAAUCAUCGUGGCUUUUUCUGCUCUCUACCUUUACUUUGGACCGAGUUUUGUACAUGAUGCUUCCAAGAUGCCUCCCUCACCUCCGCAAUAUGUGGAUCCUUAUGCCCUUCUGGAAGAUGAAAGAAUAUCUCAGAUGGCGCCUAGUCUCAAUUGAAAGGCAAGAAUUUACAUACGUAAGAUUGUAGUUACAUAUGUCUCAUUUCAGCUCUCUUUCCAUCUGUAUGUCUCCUUUGUAAAAUAUCACCCUGGAAGAACUUGUGUAGUUAUUGGUUUGAUGCUCAUUUUUAUUCACUUCAAAUCUCACUGUCUCUCCAA